AUGGCUCAAUCAUCAGUGUCCUGCCUGAGAUCGGUGGAAUAUAAAAGCAUGGUGUACAUUCAUGCGCCUGAAGUGAAAGGUUCGCAAUUGUUUGUCAAACGGGCAAAAAAAGAUCAAAGUAAUUUCGACGUAUUCUGUGCGGCGACUGGUGGAAAACCUUUGAAACAGAAGCCCACUUGCAAGAAAAAAGACGCUUCUUCAAAAGAACCUCGACUGUUGUGUGACAAGCCAGCAAUUCCAAAGUCAAAAACCCCAACAAACGCAACAACCAGAGGUGAACUUCAGUGUAGUGAAAAAGCAAAACUUGAAAUCGAAUUCAAAGAUUGUGAUAAAAAUGGAAAGAAACCAACAAAGAUCUUUUGUGAAUUGCCUUCAAUUCCAAUCUCCUGUAAAACAGGUCCUUCAGCAACUCCUCUUGUCAACCCACCUUUGAUCUCCUGCAUCACCAUUGGUGUAAAGCCGACUGUUACUGAACCUCAAUGUAUACCAUCAAAGUCAGGUCCAACUGGAAAGUUUACUGGGGCACUUCAAUGCAAGAAGGGAGAAACAAUGACUUUUGUUGGUACCAGUGUCAAAAACCCCUGCAAUGCCCCAGUUGGUAAUGGAAAGCUGUUUUGUACUCCUCCUAGCAAACCUGUAAAGAAUUGA